CUGCAACUUCAACAGUCAAUAUGUGUUUCCCGCGGAUGACAGAGGAUCGGUGAUAGGAAGUGUCGGGGGAGUUCGAGUGCAACCCCCCCCUCCAUCCAAGCCCCCCAAAUACCUCCACUCACCUCUGAGGGGGGUUACGGCAGAGGAUCCCCCACCGGAGCGCCGCGGCACGGGGGCUUUCUUCACCUGCUGUUUUCUGCGAUGCCGCCUCUCACUCUGUGAGGUCUCUCUCGUUUGCUCCAAGCACCGCAAACCCCCCCAGACACCCCAGCCCCUUUUAUCCCCAGACCCCCGGACCCCCCCCCCAGACCCCCCAGCCCGUAUAACUUGAGCCUGCGGAGCGACAGGAUGGGACCGCCGACCGGCGCGACUCAGCGGAGACAAGCGCUGCUGUGGUUCAUUGUAGUGUCUCAGUGUGUGUCGGCCCUUGGGUGUGGGUCCCACUAUGAAUUUGGAAUUGAGGACCUGUGCCUGGCCAAAUUCAGACUGGACAUGCACGAGCUGGGCGAGAGACACUGGUGCAGCUGGGAGGACACGGUCGAACUGUAUGGCCGGCUGACAAACUGCACAAACCUGGUGGCGUUCAAGUUGGGUUGCUUCUGGCCCAACAAGCUGGUGGAUGACUUCUUCAUCCGCGUCCACAAGCACUACUUCCAAGACUGCUCGCUGUCAGGGCGGCUUCUGAAGGACCCACCCAAUCGCAUCCUGGGUCCCUUCAUCGUAGUCCCCAUCCUGGUCACGCUCCUCAUGACGGGCCUGGUGGUGUGGAGGAGCAAACGCAGCGAGGGGAUUGUGUAGUGAGAGCAAGUGGGUGACCUGGGUGGAGUUAUACUUCCCCCCCCCCAUCCCCCCCAAAGCUGCAGCAUAUUCACUCUCAGUGACCAAAGCAUCUCUCUUUCUGAGUGUCAGUGUUUUGUGCAAAAGGGUUACACUUGGACCAGAAUGACUUUAUUAUAGACCUGGAAGAGGAGCCAGACGGGAUAAACAAAAAAAACACAAACUACUUGAUGUGAUGACAGUGAUGGCUGAACGCACUGAUACCAAUGCAACGGCCAUUUGUCCCCACGAGGAUUCAAAUCCUUCUGUUGGCUUACAGAGCGCUGAACCGGGCCCCUGAAUCUCAAUGACUGGUGGAAAAUAAUAUCAUAUACAUUAUAUACAUACAUACACGUAAAAUCAAAAAAUGGAUUUCUUGACAGAAGUUGCUUCAAAGAAUGUAGGAUGUGGUGAAAAUCCACAGGUGCUGAAGUUCCUCAGUGGGCUUUACGCUAUUGGACACUAGCGACUUCUGUUCAGGGAACCCGGGUACGCGAUAUCAGAUUUGAUGUGAACAUGCAUAUACUGUAAAUAUAUGUAUCUCCGAGUGGACUGUCAGAAUGUGUUUGUAACACAAUCAAUCUUUUUUUAAACAAAUCCAUUCCUCUCUCAUGGAAAUGUCAUGUCAUGAUACUCGCAUUGUAUUCUAAAUAUACUCUUUAUCAUGCAGACGGCUUAUGUUCACGCUGUCCACCUACGGGAGGAGUGGAACCUUUUUACUUUCCAGUUCUUCUCCUCUGAGCUUAUCAAACAUCUCCUCGACUCACCUGCUGUUCAACCUCCAUCUGAAGGAUGGAAACAAAGAUGUUGCGCAACAUGACAUCAACUCAAACAGCUGGCAAAAAAAGCAGGACAUAACGUUAUAUGUCAUAUUCUGGAGAUUGGCAGAUGUGGACACUAGACAAGGGGUCGAGGCCCCAAUCUGGAUGUGCUGUGAUGAUGUUGUGUCUCUGGCUUCCAUCCUCCGUCACCAAGGAAACUGAGAUGAAGAGACGCCAGCGGAACACAUGCGACGUGGCGGAGUGGAGACGUUGGAACGCCACAGGAGAAGAGACUCUUCGAGGCAGUUAACGAACCAAAAAUCCUCACAUUCUUUUGAUGUCGCUGCCUCAAACACUUAUAUUAUCCAUUUUAGCCGCAACAUAGAAAGACACAAUAAUUACCAAAUUGAUUUCUUUUAAUUUAGGCGUUUGUGUGGACUUAUUGCCAAAAAAAAAAAGAAAAGACAACAAAGAGAGAAAUUCGCUGUGGAAGAAUCACAAAUGUAACUACAGAGAGAAGAUGAAACGGUGGAUUAGGCAACGCUCAUCUCUGCUGAACGUUGCCUCCAGCACAGUUCUGUCUUUGUGGGAUUCAUGAUCUCCCAGUGUGAUGGAGUGAACUGUUUGCUCAUUGAUAUUUUUGGAUGCUCUCUCUUCUUUAUGGAUUCAUUGACCUGUGACCCGUUUGGCAGGAGAGCACAUCCACACCCAACAUCACUUGUACUUUGUGCCAAAAGCUGUCGGAAAACAGAGGGGAAUGUUUGCUGUGUCCAAUACUCUGUCGGAGUCACUUCUAUCGGCUGAAUUGUAAAGUCUACGAUCAUGAGAAAAGUUGAAUAAAGCAUCUGAUUAAAGUA